CCCUGCUAUUCCCAGCAGGGUGGAGUCGAGAGCAGCGUCCAGUCCUUAUCAAUAGGCACUGCAGGUUUGUUAACAGUCUUGCCACCUCCUUCAGGGAGCAGCAGCCUCAAGCCUGGCUGUGGAUCUGAUCGGACUGGGUAGGUCCAGCCAUGGUCUCUCUGGGCUUGGAGGUCGCCCAGGGUCCUGGACCACGUGCAGGUCGCUGAGCUGGACGCAGAACCGGCCACCAAGCUCCUGAAGGGGCCAGAACGCAAAGGGGAGCAACAGUGGGCGGAGCAUGCUCAGCACCAUGAGACCCCGGCUGUCCCUGCUUCUGCUGAGGCUGUUGCUGCUCACCAAAGCAGCGCACACCGUUGGAGUUCCGCCCCGACUGUGUGACGUGCGGCGUGUGCUGCUUGAGGAACGGGCCCACUGCCUACAGCAACUCUCCAAAGAGAAGAAAGGAGCACUGGGCCCGGAGACAGCAUCAGCUAGCGUAUUCUCACCAUUUGCUUCUUCACACGCAGUUUAUCAAGGCUGUGAGGGGCUUUGGGACAACAUGAGCUGCUGGCCCUCCUCUGCACCAGCACGGACAGUGGAAGUGCAGUGUCCGAAGUUCCUCCUGAUGCUCUCAAACAAAAAUGGGUCUCUGUUCCGGAACUGCACACAAGAUGGAUGGUCAGAAACCUUCCCCAGGCCUGACCUGGCCUGUGGGGUCAACAUAAACAACUCCUUUAAUGAGAGACGGCAUGCGUACCUGCUGAAACUCAAGGUCAUGUACACUGUAGGCUACAGUUCCUCCUUGGCCAUGCUCCUGGUCGCCCUCAGCAUCCUGUGCUCUUUCCGGAGGCUGCACUGCACUCGCAACUACAUCCACAUGCACCUGUUCGUGUCCUUCAUCCUGCGCGCCCUGUCCAACUUCAUCAAGGACGCCGUACUCUUCUCCUCGGACGACGUCACCUACUGUGAUGCCCAUAAGGUGGGCUGCAAGCUGGUCAUGAUCUUCUUCCAGUACUGCAUCAUGGCCAACUACGCAUGGCUGCUGGUGGAGGGCCUCUACCUUCACACACUCCUUGCCAUCUCCUUCUUCUCAGAAAGGAAGUACCUGCAGGCCUUUGUGCUCCUCGGAUGGGGUUCUCCAGCCAUUUUUGUUGCUUUGUGGGCUAUCACCAGGCACUUUCUAGAAAAUACUGGAUGCUGGGACAUCAACGCCAAUGCUUCCGUCUGGUGGGUCAUUCGAGGGCCUGUGAUUCUGUCCAUCCUGAUCAAUUUCAUCUUCUUCAUAAACAUUCUAAGAAUCCUGAUGAGGAAACUUAGAACACAAGAAACAAGAGGAAGUGAAACAAACCAUUAUAAGCGCCUGGCCAAGUCCACCCUCCUGCUGAUCCCGCUCUUUGGCAUCCACUACAUUGUCUUCGCCUUCUCCCCAGAGGACGCCAUGGAGGUCCAGCUGUUCUUCGAACUGGCCCUGGGCUCCUUCCAGGGUCUGGUGGUAGCUGUCCUUUACUGCUUCCUCAAUGGUGAGGGCAAGACCGGACAGUGAACAGCCUGGAGCACAGCCAGCCGCCGGGAUGCCUGGGUGAGCAGGAAGCUGGCCCGCGGGGUAGUGGACACUUCCCGACCGCCCUUUGAAGCGGGCAGGAAUGCGGAGAUUGUCAGCCAACACAAACACUCAGAACUGCUCCAAAAGAAGGCAGAUCUUAGGGAAAGCGGCCGCUUCUGUCCCAGGAACCUUUUUCCUGGGGCGUCGGGUCCCCAGUCCCACCUCAGUUCCACCUAGCUCCUCACACGCACUUCGGAGGAAGAUGGUCUUUGCGAUCCCGCUCCCAGAAAGUUCUGGCUUCGCGAGCAACGUCCUCCGUCCGUUACAUAAACCAAGCCUGGCAUUUUUCCAAGUCCAUCCUGUCAGUCUGCCACUCUAGACGCCCAGUUUUUAAAGAUUCCCAACGACCCCUGAGAAAAGCCUAACCGAUAGGUCACUCACUGGUGACCCCGCAGAAAAGUUUGUUGGCCUCUGGUGCUCUCAGAGCGCCAUCAGAGGCUGAGAAGAUUGCGCAGAGCGAGCUGCAUUGGGGGAGCAGGUACCCCCGGACCGCUCUCAGAGAAACCCUCCAGGAGGAAGGGUGUCCCAGCAAGACCUGGUCACCUUGGGGAGUUGUCACCCUGACCCAAGGUUUCAGUCACUGAGGGUUCCCAGUCCUCCCCCAUAGUAGACUGUACCCGGCUCUGCGCCCCGCGGGUCCCUCGGGCUACCUGCGCGCCGAUGGCCGUCAUGCUGCGCUCUCGGAGGCAGCGCUGUCGCCUAGCCUUGCUGUCGCACUCCCGCUGUGCUCGUCCGCGGGGUUGGCCCUCUCUCGGGGCGGGGCGCAAGCCGGGGGCGGGGGCUUCGCGAUCACUGGGCUGCUCCGGUUACGCUGACUCAGCAGCGCUCUGGGUCCCAGAGAUGGGGUAUGCGGUGACCCAGCACACGUUCUUCCCCUGGAUGCAGAUUCCUCGAGGACUGAGAAAUUUGGUUCCAGUCCAAGUCUGAAGGGCGGAGUGUCGGGAAGGAGCACCUGGGCGCAAAAAGUGGAGGAUCCCGCCAGGAUUCUGCCGUCUACACCGGCGGCUGUGUGACCUUGGAUCGCGGGUUUAACAUCGCUGAGCCUUGGUUAAUAAGUGAGAUAAUAUGUGAUUGGCUGGGCUCUUACAAAGCUUUUGUGACAUGUGAAUGGACCAGAACCUUCGGAGGCUAUCACUUGCCUUAGUUUACGGUUUAAAGAGGAUGUGACAGCG